AUGUCGCAUAUUAAGUAUCUUUUAUUGGUGUCUAGACAGGGGAAGGUGCGGUUGAUGAAGUGGUACCAGCCACUGACGGAGAAGGCGAAGACGAAGAUUAUAAAUGAUCUAACACCGCUGAUACUGGGGAGAAAGCCGAAGAUGUGCAACAUUUUAGACUAUUCAGACCACAAGGUCAUCUACAGGCGAUACGCGAGCUUGUAUUUUAUAAUUGGGAUCACGCCCAACGUGGACAACGAACUGUUGUGCCUUGACUUGGUGCACAGAUAUGUGGAAACGAUGGACGUUUACUUUGGGAACGUUUGCGAGCUGGACAUUAUCUUCAACUUUGCCAAGGCGUACGACAUCCUCAACGAAAUGGUGAUGUGCGAUGGCUCCCUGGCAGAAUCCAGCAAGAAGGAAGUGUUGUAUGCCGUUCAAACUAUGGAUGGCAUGGACGAUAACGAUAAACUGGAAAAAGUGUUGAGUUAG